AUGCCGCGAAUUGAGACUAUAAAUGUCGAGAAACGUUCGAAGCUGUGCGGACAGCCAUCGACAGCCCCUCAGAACGAUGAGCAGAGUUCAGGCUUAGCUAAUCCACCAGCGAACGGUAGCUCUAAUGCCUCCUCAUCAGGCUCAUCGUCAAACGACUCGGAACAUACCGAAUCAGAUUUCGUCUCUGCUCAAGGGGAUGACGAAGCAACAGUUGCGCAAAGCCUUAUCACUGAAUCCGACAUGGGGAGCGUUGUUAGCACACCAGUACCAAGUUCCAAGUCAAACUCUCAAAAUAUGGCAUCUCUGUCUAUUGUCUCACCAGAAAGAGCACAGAAGGCGCCUUUGCCGCAACUUCCACCGUUGACCCUUCCCUCAGAUCUCAGUCUUAUGGACAGUCUCGUUCCGAACAAGUUCCAAUCCGAUAACGCUGAUGCGACUAUUGAAGGUGUUAUGAGAGAUAUCGAGCACGCGCCGUUGCUAUCGGCCCCUGUGAUCGCUCAGCACGUGAAAGACUUGGUCCCGCAAUUCGGCUUCAUCGGUAAUCACCGGGACGAAGCGGGACAGGCCGUUAAGCUGUUCUACAACACCAAUGUGCCUUUGUCCGCAUUCAUAUGCGGUGUUCAAGGAAGUGGUAAGAGUCACACUACAGCUUGCAUGCUCGAAAAUGCUUUGAUUCCAUCCAAGAACCUCGGCCGUUUGGAAGCGCCUGCUUCUGCAUUAGUCUUCAGUUAUGGAAGUUGGAGCACCGGUGGUGCAGGCUUCAGCGUCAGCGAAGCUGUCCAUCUAUCUCGUGCGCUGCCCAAAUAUCCUGGCCAAAACGUACGAAGAAUCACGGUGUUGGUUUCCGCGCAUAAUGGAGCGAUCAGAAAGUAUUACGAAGAUCCUUCUCGUAACAUCCGCGUGAUUCCGUUCAAACUCAACGCCCGGGCUCUCGACAUCACUGGUUUGCGUGCACUGAUGGGAAUCGGAGAUAAGAGCCCCCCACUCUACAUGGGCCAGGUCGAAAUGGUACUCAUGAAGAUGUCGUCCACGAACGAAGAUGGGCGACUCGAUUACAAGUCGUUCGCCAAGGCAGUUCAGCAGAUAGAUCUCAACGAUGCACAAUCGCAAGCCCUCAAACAACGUUUAGCGAUGCUUGAGUCCUUCCUCGAUCUGGACGGCAAGGCGGUGGAGCCAGAGUUCCUUCCAGGCGAGAUGACUAUCAUGGAUCUGUCCGAUGCUUUCAUGUCAUCGAGCACAGCCUGUGUUCUUUUCAAGCUGGGCUUGGACCGCUUUCUGGAGUCUCCCGUCAAGGGUAAGAUGGUAGUGUUGGACGAAGCGCACAAGUACAUGUCCGAUAGUCCAGGAUCCAAGUUUCUCGCAGACUGUCUCUACCAUACCAUCACUCAACAGCGGCACUUGGGUACCCGUAUGAUCAUCUCCACUCAAGAACCGAACGUGUCCACAAAUCUUAUUGCGCUUUGUAACAUGACCGUCAUUCAUCGCUUUUCGAGCCCUACCUGGUAUGCCACACUCAAGAGACAUAUCAGCGCCCUGAACGACGACGACAAGACUCUCAUGCAGCGGAUCGAGGGAUUAGAAACUGGAGAAGCGCUUGUGUACUGCCCGAGCACUGUACUCGCGAAAAAUGAUGACGGAAGCUUAGUAAAACCUACGGGUCGACUGCUUAAGGUCAACAUCCGGAAAAGGAUAACGGAAGACGGCGGCGAGUCGAUCAUGGCUGUGUGA